UAUAUGUUAACAGUGACGACAGCAGUUUUAUUACAUUUCGACGGCAAAAUCCAAUGAUUUAUACUAAGAUUCAUUUUUCUUUUCGUUUUGGACUUUUAUCAAAAUAUAAGCCGAGCAUUGGCCACCAUUCAAAACCAUGUAAACCAUGUAGAUACUCCACCUAUCACGGAAUACACUUCUGCACCUUUUGCGAAUUAUACACAUGACGAUAAUAUUAAAAGAGUUGUUCGUCGUCUUUGUUGAUUAGCCUUAGUUCCGAUUGAACAAAUUGAUAAUUGUUGGACAGAAAUUCAUAGUGAAGCACCACAGUCAGAAAGUGUGCUGAAAUUAUUAAAUCAUUUUACCGAAACGUACUUGGAUCCAGAUAUUUGUCUGUUUAAUAGAAAUAUGUGGAAUCAUUUUAAUACAGAUGGAGCAAGGACCAUAAACCACCUUGAAGGAUGGCAUGCAGCUCUUAACAAAGCUGUUGGUAGACCAAAGCCAAAUAUUUUUAUUUUAAUCAAAGAGCUGAAAAACCAACAAACAAACUUUGAGCUUGAUCUCAUAGCGCAAAAAAACUGCAAUCGGCCACAAAAGAUGAAAACAAAAUACAAAAAAUUAGAAGAAAGAUUAUCAUUUGCAAAAGAAAGUUCUAGGCUACAAAAUGGUGCGAUUUCUAUCUUGGAGUACAUGGACGCCGUAAUGUUUCAUUUACAUUUGUAAAACAAAAGCACAUAAUGAUAAGCUAUAUAGACUAUAUAUUUUGAUAGUAGUUGACUUGAACAAUGUUCGUGAAUUUU